AUGUGCCUCCCCACAGGGCUUUGCGGCCACACCCCGACGCCGCGGACCCUGCCGCGGGCGCGGCAGCUGCGAGGUCAGCUGCGGACAGGCAGUGUGCAGCCUGCGGCCAUCAUGGACAGCCAAGGCUUCCUGGACCAGAGCAUCAUGCCUGAGGCCCGCUCAACCUGGCAGGACAGCCUGCUCCGGUCCUCGAUGGAUUGGGGCUGGAUGUCGACCCAUCGGGACAGCCUGGCAGAGUCCAUGACCUUCGAUGACGAGGCCUCCUUCGAAGUCCUCCGGCAACAUGUUGGGCGGCCACCCUGCCAUCACUGCAUUGCCACGGUCUACGACCGCCACUUUGAGAGGGAAAAGGACAAGGCGGAAGAGAGGCUGCCCCGGCAGUUGAAGCCAAAGGUGCAGGAACUGCUGAGCGAUCUCCGCGCAUUCCAAUACCCGAGGCGGAGGAACAUCCAGCACGAGAUCCGUGAGAAGGAGAUCCGCCCACCUUCCCGGCAGAGUCCCACAAGGACGCCGCGCGCACUCGUCGAGGUCGAGGAGGUCUCCUCCGUGGCGCCGAGCUGGCAAAGUGAAGCCAAUGAUGCCUAG